AUGGAUAGAGAAAAUUCAGGAACAGAAAUUCAGGAACACCACGUCAAAGUUGGUGGGCGCGAUGAUGAAGUAGAUGGAUCGACUGGCAACUCGGCAACGCAAAAGUCAGCUGUCUAUCCAGUCACGAUCGGAGCAAAAACGUAUCGAUUGAUCGAUACCCCUGGCAUUGGAGAUACCAGAGGCCUGUCCUAUGAUAAAGAGAAUAUGGCCGAUAUUCUGAAAACGAUUAGCUCCUACGACAAGCUGCAUGGUAUCUUGGUGCUGGUCAAGUCCAACAAUGCCCGUCUUACUAUCACUUUUAGAUUCUGCGUCAAGGAACUCCUCACACAUCUUCAUCGGAGUGCGACCAAGAACAUGGCUUUUGGAUUCACUAACACUCGCAUCUCCAACUAUGCGCCGGGCGAUACGUUCAAGCCACUCAAAGCCUUGCUUGAUGGACAUUCCGACAUACCAAUCACGCUCUCCACGUCAACGACUUAUUGUUUCGACUCGGAAAGCUUCCGCUACCUUGCAGCUUAUAAACAGAGUAUUCCAAUGACCAACGAGGAAGAAUUUCGUCGUAGUUGGGACCACUCGAGCAAAGAGGCGCAUAGACUCCUCAAGUAUUUUGCAUCAACUCCGCCUCACCCCGUCACCAGUACAUUGAGCCUGAAUGGCGCUCGCAAGCUGAUAUUGGAGCUGACAAAACCCAUGGCCAGCAUCUCGGAAAACAUUCAGAAGAAUAUUCAACUAUGCGAAACCAAAAAGGUUGAGGUUAGAAGCACAAAGCUGACGGCGAGCAAUCUUCGCAGGAAGUUGCGCUUAGAAAGGAUUCAGUUUAAAGCCAUUAAGCUAGACAGACCUCGCACGGUUUGCAAGAAUCCCGCCUGCUGUGACUUUAAAGACAGUGGACUUAAUGAUGGAGUGGUUGUCACCAUCUACAAAACGCACUGCCAUCUUGAGUGCUAUCUUGACAAUGUCACGGAAGAUGUCGUUGCCGAUCCUGGUCUCAUCCACUGCUGGGCUUUUAAUGGCAGCAGUAUUUGUCAAGUAUGCCAACACCGUUGGCAAGAGCAUUUGCAUGUCCUCUAUGAAUUAUCCGAGGUCAAAGUUCAAGUCACAGAUACCGAAAUAGAGAGACAACUCAAGGCCAAUGGAGACGACUUGGCGCUGCGUGAAACAUUCAUCGCCCGGCUAGACCAGGAUAUCGAGGAGUACAAACAGGAACUCGAUGAGAUUCGACGAGCUGCUGCUCGAUUCUGUCUGUUCUUGAGAGAGAAUGCCAUCACGAUAAUCAAUGAUGCUACAUUGGAUUAUCUUGACAUGCUUAUCCAGAGCGAGAGAGGAGUCAUUGAUACCGGCCGACAGCGAGGCGAUUCUAUGGACGCAAACCAGAAGCGUCUCCAGGCACUGAAAGAUGACAGACAAAUCCACCUGGAGCUGGUUGAAACUUUCAAGCAGAAUAUGAUUGAACCCACGUGCGCUGAGGACAUGCUGCUGGACGAGCAAGGAGUCGACGCACUGGUGAAGAAGCUGUAUCAGCUGAAGCAUUUCGGCGCCGACUUGGAGCACAUCAAGUAUGUAAUAGAGUCUUCGCUUGAAGAAACGUACCGCGAGCGGCCAUAUCGCGUACCAGCGAUGAGCUCGCACAAACAAGGCAUGGGUAGAACAAAACGCGAAAUGAGUCAUCGUCAGGAGCUACGGGGAUGGGGAGAAAGUGAUGCUUAUCAGACACCUCACCGGUCUAACGGUGAUAGCAGUCUUAGAACGGGGAGAGGUGCUACUGACUUAAGACCCCCGUCUGGCCCCGUGUAUGCAUCGCCUCAACUUACUUGGGCUCAAGCGGUCAGAUCGGGUUAUUCUCAUCAACACUCAUCGAAGUCGUUGUUUGGUCGCUUUCUGUCGUGGAAAAGGUAG